GAAGUGCAGAGUUCCAGACGCGAUGGCAAGAACCAAGCAGACCGCGCGUAAGUCCACCGGUGGUAAAGCGCCGAGGAAGCAGCUCGCCACUAAGGCUGCCCGCAAGAGCGCCCCGGCUACUGGCGGUGUGAAGAAACCUCACCGUUACAGGCCAGGUACCGUGGCUCUGCGUGAAAUCCGCCGUUAUCAGAAGUCCACUGAGCUGCUCAUCCGCAAGCUGCCCUUCCAGCGCCUGGUUAGAGAGAUCGCUCAGGACUUUAAGACCGAUCUGCGCUUCCAGAGUUCUGCCGUCAUGGCUCUGCAGGAGGCCAGUGAGGCUUACCUGGUCGGUCUGUUCGAGGACACCAACCUGUGCGCCAUCCAUGCCAAGAGGGUGACCAUCAUGCCUAAGGACAUCCAGCUGGCCCGCCGUAUUCGCGGAGAGCGGGCUUAAACGAACCCACUCCAUCCAGUUAUCCCCAAAGGCUCUUUUAAGAGCCACUUACAUGCUUCCACUGAAAUGGGCACUUUUUAUUUAUUUAUUUAUUAUUCCAUUGUGUGUGCGUGUUCCGAGUUAUAAUUUAGUUAUAUUUAUCAA